AUGGCGAGUGGAACGAAGAAGCGACGAAAGUCGCAGUCUCCAGCCCGCGGUACCACUUCAAAGCGCGCACGCGUGGCUUCAUCCGGUACGUCGAAACGUACCCAACACGACGAGCCUGACUCACAUUCGUCGCGCGCCGGAUCCGUCAAGGACACAUACCUGUCGCAGAAACAGGGUCGUUCAAUUUCACUACCCACUGGAGACGACUGGGCGUUCCGUGUGAAGGUCAUUUCGUCCGCGACCGACCUCGGGGAUGAUCUAUUCAAGAACGCAGUACAAGGGCUCGUAAGGAUCUGCUUUCCUGAGGGCAUCCUCGAUCAACUAGGUUCACAGAUAUUGGCGCAACACAUGCGCGAGGAGAAGGCUCCAGAAGGCAACAUACUGAGAAUGGAGGAGGUAUUCCAAUCUGAGAUGACGCAGCGUAUAGCCUCAAUGGUCGCCGAGCAUCUCGAUACGGCUGCCCAGAUUGACUUGGUGCUGAAGGUUAUGUUAUCUAGAAGCGCAAGAACACAUGGAGAGAAACUUGGGCAAGACAUCUUGGGUCAUUUCACUGCAAGCUUACUCAAGCUGAAGGAAAGAGCCUCUGAGUACUCUACGGAAUGGCUAGCAAGAGGUGACGCAGCACAAGAAGAAGACAGCAGCGAUGGAGAUAUGGAUACCAGUCACCUCUCUGACAGGGAGCCUACUAUGCCACCGAAGACGAAGAAGAAGCGGGACAAAGAGUCGAAGCGAGGACGGCCGAGUGCUGGUGACCCUCUUCCAACAGCUACGAAGCCCUAUGUCAAUGCACUAGCGACACCGCUUGCACGACCAAAUUCGAGGAGUAAAGACCGAAAAAUCUCAUCGAAGUGGCCAUGGGAUAUUGAUGCAGCAUUGCUUGCAGAGGACGCUGUAUCCAGGAUUUUCUCACGCACGAGCGAUCUGUUUGCAUAUCAUGCAUUACCAAUCUCCCGACGCAAGCUUGGACCUAGUGCGUCAAAGAAAGAGAUGAGAUGUGAGAUGCAAUCACUACUAGAUGGUAUGCCGACAGAAGAGUUCAGAAAAUGGGUUGAGAGCUUACAGAAGUUGCUUAAUGGCGAUCGCGAAAUGUUAAAACUACCGGAUACGUACUCACCGGACGACGAGCAGCGGUUGAGUCGAGCGACGCCGGCGCCCAUUGAUACGCGCAGACGCUCCCGAAAGGCUACGAAAGAGACGUCAAGCAGAUUGACUGACCCAGGUGACCAUGCAACCAGCACCAGCAAACCUUCGCACAAAGAGACUCACAUCAAACACGAGGCCAUUACUCAUCCAGUAGAUGGAUUGGCGAGACCUCAUGAGGGCAACCAGACCAACCUGAUGUCUGAGGCUACAAGUGCCUUCGAGCGAUUGUCAACUGAAGAACGCCAAUCUCAGUCACAUAUCAAUAGCAGGGAGACAGCAAACGAAGACGAUUUUCGUGGUUCUCGAAAUAUGACAGAUCUGGUCAGUGUCUGCUGGCUGGCAUAUUUCAACGUUCCGAAUUUGAGAUCAGAGACACCGGCGACUCUACUCCUCUGGGGUACGGGUACCAUUACCAGCUCUCAUUGCUUCGAAGUUACACGGACGAUCAUGGACAACCUGAGCCACCGGAACUCAGCUGAAUACAUUGCCAUUACAGGUCUAGACGGUAAGAACAAGACUCGCACAAAGGCUGAGCUCGAACACGCUAUCGUCUGCUCGUUCCCCAAACCUGGGCCACCGUUCAGCUUCAUAACGACCGUAAGGAACAUCGAAGCAGGACUGGUACCUUGGGUGGUCGCAAAGCCUGGUGCUUUCCCAGAGUUGAAAGAUAUGCCUUUCGUAUUCACAUAUAUGAUGACGGUGGGUCAAUCCAAACAUCUCGAUGAUUCCUAUCUCACGCCACUCAGUCUAUACCAGCUACUAUCGAUCUGA